AUGAACGGCAUUGACGAAGGCCACAGUUUGCGUGGCGGUGGACACGUCCCUCCUCCUGGUGAUGUACGAAGGGAUCUGCAGGGAGGUGUGCACGUCGCAACCCUGCGGAGAGAAGGCAGCGAGAGUCAGGGAGUGCAAACACACGUGAUGCUUGACGGAAUGGAGGACCAGGCAACAAUGAAGGAAGGGCGGGACAGAGAAGGAGAAGGCAUUCCCCCUGGAAACAACCCUUUGAUGCUAAUGCAACCAUGUGGAGCCCCCGGAGUUGCCAAUGCGGCGAGUUCCAAAGUGGGAUGCGAAGGUACAACCCAACGAAGUGUGGACUACGCGAAGAAGACGAUAGCAAAUGCGAAGGAGAUCCUGAAAAACAAUGACCAGUGUGUUCUGAGCGAGUCCAAGUUGGAGGCGAAUGAACUGAAUGACAUCGCGGAGAUCUUGCACAGCAGGGAUGGUGAGAUGAUGGCGGUGGGAGGAAUGGCUUCUAUCGGACGGAUGGCUUCCAUGGGGGAAGGCAUUACUGGAAGAAUGGCGGGAAGUGGAAACCCCACAGCGAACGAACCAAACGACGCAGACAUGACGGUCCUCUUUGAAAGCUCUACCUCCUCCCUGCCAUUCAUCCUGAAGGGAAUUUCGGAGACCCUCGACCACAUCCUCUCAGUCGACAAAAUAGAGAGUAGAAAUAAAAAUCAACUCAUACAAGUGGUGCAAGAUGCACACAUGCUGCUGAGGUCGAAUUAUAACCUUGUCCUCAAGUGUGAUUCCAACUUAGCAAUAAUUGUAAAAAAAAUUAGAAGGCUGUACAGGCUCUACAGAAAGUUAGAUAAUCCUGAGGGGAGGUCUAGGAAGGGAGAGACUGUUGUUGGGGACACUGCUCCAGAGAUACUACCCAUUGCACAUAGCCACACAGGGGAGCCCCCCUUCAUUAGGGAUCCCGGCAGUGGUCAUGGCGGUAGAGUCAUAAUAAGGAAAAACCAGAACCAACAGGAUGAAACUCACCAGGGUGAUGCAAACACAGGGGUUCACAAGCGAAUUUGGGGGGCUACUACUCAAGAUAAUGAUUACACGAGUGGUUUUGUCCCUGGGGGGAACAAACAGGUGCAGAGAAACGUCCCCUCCAGUGUUGCUUCAUCAGUUAGAUGUGGAUACAGUUGGAACGUUGGGGAAGGAAACCGGCAGGUGGACCCCCCAUGUGGGGGGGUAAAGUCCGGUGGGGGAAAGAGAAACGGGCAAAAGACUCUGCUCAUGGAGGGAUCGCGCGUGGAGACACUACUGAGUGGGGGACCUUCCCACGAGGCGACCAUCAACAGUCAACCGCUUCAGGAGGCCCCUCUCCAAGAGGUAGUCUCACCUACAACUGUAGGGCUGGACCAGAGGCUUCCAUAUGCCUAUUGUGAAGCAAUUACUGUAAAGGACUGCCCACCAAGCGAUACGCAAGAAGAUAGCAGCUGCGUGGGCAAGAAAGACCGCCCCAUUGAUCCGAAGAAAUUAAGGUACUCGUUCGUUAAUGACGAGGAGGGGCGAAGUUAUGAAAACCUCAUGAGCAUUGACUCUAAGUCGACGGUCAUGUCCAACCACAAGGAGGACGCAGGGUCGUCAGUCACGACGGAGGGGAGGACAAAAACGGAAAGAAAAAGGACAGAAGGAGGGGGAAACACAAUGGAGGAAACAGGCAAAACGGAAGGGAUAAGCACAGCGCAGGAAUGGAAAAAGACAAAAAAGGCGCAACAGGAGCGGAUAGAGUGCGAAACGGGGGACGCGGAAAACGCGGCAGAAAUGCACCCCGAUCACCCCGCUGACAGUGCACACACUGCACCCCCGGCGCGGAGUCCAACGAAGGAACGGAACAACAAAAAAAAGGAACGCAAAAAAAAAAGAAUCCUGCGCGAGCUGAGCAAGCUGAACUCGCUGUUCUUCUUCACCUUCAACCACAAGGGGGACAUUAUAAACUACCUUCACAGGGAAAUACGCUCCAGCAUUUCGGAGUUCGACGCGGCGUACCAGCUGUAUGUGUCCAGGUAA